GGGCGGAUCCCGGCGCCCUCCCGGGCGGACGCGCUGAAGAGCCUUACUUAGUCCGCCCUUCGCGUCCGCACCGCAAGCAUGACCGACGCGCUGCUACCCGCGGCCCCCCAGCCGCUGGAAAAAGAGAGCGACGGCUACUUUCGGAAGGGUUGCAAUCCUCUUGCACAAACUGGCCGGAGCCGACUGCAGAAUCAGAGGGCUGCCUUGAACCAGCAGAUCCUGAAAGCCGUGCGGAUGAGAACGGGAGCAGAAAACCUCCUGAAAGUAGCUACGAACCACAAGGUACGGGAGCAGGUGCGCCUGGAACUGAGCUUCGUGAACUCAGACCUGCAGAUGCUCAAGGAAGAGCUGGAGGGGCUCAACAUCUCAGUGGGAGUCUACCAGAGCACAGAGGAGGCAUUUACGGUCCCGCUAAUUCCGCUUGGCCUGAAGGAAACCAAGGAUGUUGACUUCUCCGUGGUUCUCAAGGAUUUCAUCCUGGAACAUUACAGUGAGGACAGCUACUUGUAUGAAGACGAAAUAGCAGACUUGAUGGAUCUGAGACAGGCUUGCCGGACACCCAGCCGGGAUGAGGCCGGGGUUGAACUGCUCAUGAGCUACUUCAUCCAGCUGGGAUUUGUGGAGAACCGGUUCUUCCCGCCCACCCGACAGAUGGGGAUCUUGUUUACGUGGUAUGACUCGCUCACCGGGGUUCCGGUGAGCCAGCAGAACUUGCUACUGGAGAAGGCCAGCAUUCUGUUUAACAUCGGAGCCCUCUACACUCAGAUUGGGACCCGGUGCAAUCGGCGGACCCAGGCUGGGCUGGAGGGCGCGGUGGAUGCCUUUCAGAGAGCCGCAGGGGUUUUAAAUCACCUGAAGGAGACGUUCACUCAUACUCCAAGUUAUGACAUGAGUCCUGCCAUGCUCAGCGUGCUGGUCAAAAUGAUGCUUGCACAAGCCCAAGAAAAUGUGUUUGAGAAAAUCUGCCUUCCUGGGAUCCAGAACGAGUUCUUCAUGCUGGUAAAGGUGGCUCAGGAGGCUGCCAAGGUGGGGGAGGUCUAUCGGCAGCUGCACACGGCCAUGAGCCAGGCACCGGUGAAGGAGAACAUCCCCUACUCCUGGGCCAGCUUGGCCUGCGUGAAGGCUCACCACUACGGAGCCCUGGCCCACUACUUUGUGGCCACCCUUCUCAUCGACCACCAGUUGAAGCCGGGAGCUGAUGAGGAUCAUCAGGAGAAGUGCCUGUCCCAGCUUUACGACCACAUGCCGGAGGGACUGACGCCCUUAGCCACGCUGAAGAACGGGCACCAGCGCCGACAGCUGGGCAAGUCGCAUGUGCGCCGAGCCGUGGCGCAUCACGAAGAGUCCGUGAGGGAGGCCAGCCUGUGUAAGAAGCUCCGCGACAUUGAGGUCCUGCAGGAGGUGCUGUCCGCGGCGCACCAGCGGUCCCGGCUCAAGGACGCUCAGCACAGGGAGGACGACGACCUGCUGAACUUGAUCGAGGCUCCCGACAUCAUCUCUAAAACUGAGCAAGAGGUUGAAAUUAUAUUGCCACAAUUCUCCAAGGUGACAGUGACAGACUUCUUCCAGAAGCUGGGCCCCCUAUCGGUGUUUUCGGCUAACAAGAGAUGGACGCCUCCUCGAAGCAUUCACUUCACUGCAGAAGAAGGGGACUUGGGGUUCACCUUGAGAGGAAACUCCCCCGUUCAGGUCCACUUCCUGGAUCCUCACUGCUCUGCCGCGCUGGCAGGGGCCAAGGAAGGGGAUUAUAUCGUUUCCAUUCAAGACGUGGAUUGCAAGUGGCUGACGGUGAGUGAGGUCAUGAGGCUGCUGAAGGCGUGUGGCAGGGACGGCGUGGAGAUGAAGAUCGUGAGCCUGCUGGACUUCACCUCGUCCAUGCAUAAUAAGUGUGCAACAUACUCUGUGGGAAUGCAGAAAACCUACUCCAUGAUCUGUUUAGCCAUAGAUGAUGAUGAUAAAACUGAUAAAACCAAGAAAAUCUCAAAGAAGCUUUCUUUUUUGAGUUGGGGCACCAACAAGAACAGACAGAAGUCGGCCAGCACCUUGUGCCUCCCGUCAGUUGGGGUUGCGAGGCCUCAAGUCAAGAAGAAGCUUCCCUCUCCCUUCAGCCUUCUCAACUCCGAAAGUUCUUUGUACUAAUGUGAGGAAACAAAAAACGUCCAGGCCCCAGAUGUCUCCGGUGCUGACCAGGCCUUCCUAUUUGUGCCACAGUGGAAAAUUUCUAAAUAUUCGCAAAUCCCAUUUUGUCACUGGGUAAACUCACAAUUGGUAGGUCUUCAUGAAUGAAAGUAACAAGAAACCUCAAGAAAUUGGGGAGUGUCACCAUAUUGCUGCAAGUUAUUUAUUAUAUAAAGUAUUGUAAAUAGAAUGGUGUUGAAAAUGUGGCUAUUUUUAACGGCUGCAGUGACAAUUUGUAGUUACGAUCAGAAUUAAAUAGGGUUCCCUCUCUUGGUCCUACUUGUAAUCAUUUCUAGCCUUGGGUAAUAGAUCAUUCCUUAACUCGGAAUUCAGAUGACCCCAAAUUAAGGCAGGUCAAGGAACUAUACCGAUUUAGUUAUAUUACUAAGUUAGUAUUAUUAAGAAAUGUUCCAAAGAACUGCUUCCUAAGGGGAAUUCAUGAACCUAAAAUGGUAAGAUUUUACGAUUAUUUCUACAUAAUAUGAAUGCUGUUGCCAGAUAAAGUCUAGUGACAAAUCUGUCAUAACUUACCAGAUAAAAACAAAACAAAAAAACUACACACAAUUUAGGAACAGUGUUGCUUCUAGUCUGAUGUCAUUUACAAGUUGCUAACACAGUGGCAGUGUUAGAUGGGGAUGCUAUCUACAAGGUAGACAAUAUGCUGUUUGAUACUCAAAACAUUUUUGUUUAAAGUAGAAAAUACAUAAUUAUAUAUUUUAAGAGUCUUUAAGAUGGGUUAGAAACAUUUUAUAAGGUAAAGAUGUAAAUGAUUCUAGUUUAAAGCUCUAUUUGACUUUUUAAAAUGACAUUCUUACCUGUCAAUUUCUCUUGACAUAAGGUGGAUGAUGCCGUGAUUCUUGUAAGAUUCACGGUUGACAUAGUACAAGUUAUACAGUUAAAAAAAAAUAGCAUUGUAAUCUAUUUUUGAGAAUUAACAAGAACGUAAAUAUUUUCUAGUGUGCAAUAUCAAAAGGGAAGCAACCAUAUUUGGGAAAGUGUAUCCACUACUGUUAGGGACAUUUUGUAUAAAUAUUUAAAUAAACAUACUCAUUUGCCUGA